AUGGUGUAUGUUGCGGAUGUUAAAGAUUAUGGCGAAAUUCAACCCGAAAAAGAGCUAAAGUUUGUUUUCAAACCCAAGAGUCAAGUGUCGUGUACGGUAAAGCUUACCAACAAAUCAAAUCUUUAUCAUAUGGCAUUCAAGCUGAGAACCACACGUGCGAAACUCUAUAGCGUAAAACCAAGAGCAGGCCUUAUCAAACCGUUUGAAACAUGUGAAAUCGUAAUCACGAGAAAGUUUCGACGUGUAAUGCCUCUUCCUUGCGAGAUCGCCAAGGAAAAGAUUUCGAUUCGAAGAUUAUUGUUAGUCCCCGAAGAUACUUUCAUCAGCGAGGAUAACAUGAUUGCGGCUAUAUUUACAUCCGAAGAUUGGAAAAAACAUAUAGAUAAAAAGAAACUUAAGGUGGUCAUGACUAUUACUACUACUACUGGUGAUCAUGAUUGUUGUCCUACAGUACCGGUUAUUAAUAUUGCGAAAAUCGGUGCAAGGCUAGGUGAUGUUGAAGAGCGUAUACGAUUAGGUGAGAAGCAGAGGAAUUAUUGUAGUAGUAGUGAUCAAAAGAAGAGUGCUACUAAAGAUGAGAAACAUAUGGUGAAGCUGGUCAUGAUUGAUGGUAAACCUACUAUAGCGGUUAAUAUUAAAAAAUUCGCUGCAAGGCUAGACGCUGUGGAAGACCGAUUACGUGAGGUGCAGGAGAUAAAUUGUUGUUGUGAAAAGAAGAAGACUACUACUAAACAUUCAUCUUUUUUCACCAGAUGUUUUAACAUCCAGCAGUAG